AUGGAUUCAAUGAAUAAAGCAACUGUAAAUAUUGAUGAGAAUAUAAGAAAUGAUGCAGAUGUGGCUUUUGAGUACGAAAUACAGAAGACGCCGCAGAAUAUACUCACAUGGAAAAGAUAUCUCGAGUAUUGGAAGGAGGAGGGGAGGGUUGAUGAACAAAUAAGAUGGUUAUAUGAAAGAUUCUGUUCUCAAUUCUUAACAGAUACAAGCAUAUGGGAAGAUUACAUACGAUGGGAGACAACAAGGGAAGUGGUCAAAACUUCACGUAUAUUCUCUCUUUUUCAAAGGUGCCUGAACAGUUGUGUACAUGAUUGUGAUAGGGUAUGUCUGUCUUACUUAGAAUUAGCCAUUGAACAACAUGAUUUGACGAUGAUAAGGCAUGCUCUAGAUUUAUCUUUGAUAAGGUUAGAAGGAGGAAUGCAUUCAAAAGUUUGGGAAUCUGUACUACAUUUUUUGGAAGAAAAAGUUUUACCUUUAACACAAUUGGACUCAACUCAAGAAUAUGAUGAAGAAAAUAUCGAUGAAGCCGAUUUGGUAAAUAUACUUCUAGUCAAGGGUCUCGCGAAAGUAGGCUUUAUUAGCGAGGAACCUAGUGGGAUUGAAAGCAGAUGUGACAUUUGGUCGUCGCAACUUUUGGAAAGAUAUUUAAGGGUGGCUCCACAGCAAAGACAACAUGAACUUCUCAAUAUUCUUGCAAAAACUAGAGAUAAUGCUACCAUCAAACCAAUAUAUGAAAAGUAUUUGAUGAGAGACGAAAAGAGAGAGAUAUAUUUGCCCAGCUCAAAACUAACUUUUGCGUUAAAUUUCAAUUAUCUGAUCGUCCUGGAAAAACUUGACUUGGAUAAUCAGUAUGAGGAAUUCAUGAACCAAAUGAAUGUCAUGUAUGCUGAAAAUUGGGUUUUUUUAACACUAUCACUUGCCAAAUAUUAUAUUUCUCGUGGUAGACUUGAUAGUUGUGGUGAUUUGUUGGACAAAAGUUUGCGCCAAACACUUAAUUUUAGUGAUUUUGAUCGAAUUUAUAGUUUUUAUUUGCUCUUUGAGCAACAAUGCUCUCAGUUUAUUCUGGAAAAACUAGAAAAUGAACUCUUUGACCAAAGGAAUUGGACUAAGAAACUUGAACAUCAUAUGGCCACUUUUGAAUCCCUAAUUAACCUACAUGAUAUAUAUUUGAAUGACGUCGCAUUAAGGCAAGACUCUAAUCUGGUGGAAACGUGGAUGAAAAGAGUAUCUUUACAGAAGACAUCUGCAGAAAAAUGCCACAUAUAUUCAGAAGCUAUACUGAAGAUUGAUCCCCGUAAAGUCACUACACCUGGCUCUUUCGGAAGACUAUGGUGUUUAUAUGGAGAUUUAUAUUGGAAUACAAAUGCCACUAGUACAGCAAGGGAGUUGUGGGCACAGUCUUUAAAGGUACCCUACCCUUACAUAAAAGACUUGGAAGAGAUUUACUUGAAUUGGGCUGAGAGAGAGUUAAGUAAAGAGGGCGUUGAAAGAGCAGUUUCUGUGCUUGAAGAUGCAUUAAGUAUACCAAUGAACCCAGAUGCUUUGCUCGAAAAAUUCAAUAAUGGACAGAAGAAGGUUCCUGCGCAAACUGUCGUAUUCAACUCACUACGCAUUUGGUGCAAAUACAUUGAUUUUUUAGAGGCCUUCUGCCCAAAAGACGCAAACUCCUCGAAUAAAAUAUAUAAUAAAAUCAAAACAGCAUACAACAACGUUAUUGAUUUGAGGUUAAUCACACCAGCAAUGGUAGAAAAUUUUGCGUUGUUCCUACAAAACCACCAUGAAGUGGUCGAAAGCUUUCAAGUUUAUGAAAAAACAAUUCCUCUGUUUCCCCCUGAAAUUCAGUAUGAAUUAUGGAUUGAGUAUUUGGAAGUAGCCACAUCGCCCAAACUGACACUUUUGAGUCCCGAACACAUCAGAUUCAUAUUUGAAAAAGCACUUGAAAGUCUGUGUUCCCAUGGCAUAGAUUGUAAGAAUAUUUUUAUUGCUUAUAGCGCAUUGGAAGAAAAGGUAAGUGGCCUAGUUGGGAAAAGCAUUGAGAUUUUACAUAGAGGUGCUGUUAGUGUUAGCACACACCUCGAAAGCAGAUUGCAACUGUGGGGAAUGUGUAUCUCUAGGGCCCAAUCUACUUUGGGUCCAUCGAUAGCCAGAGAAUUAUACCAAGAAUGUAUUCAAGUACUACCAAACUCUAAAGCUGUUGCGUUUGUGAUUGAAUUUUCUGAUUUCGAAAGCUCUAUGGGAGAAAUUAUACGGGCACGUGAGAUCCUGACUUAUGGUGCAAAGCUUCUUCCUCCAUCCAGAAAUACAGAAUUAUGGAAUAACUUUGAAGUUUUUGAGUUAAAACAUGGAGACAAGGAAACCUACAAAGAAAUGUUAAAGAUGAAGAAGAUAUUAGAUUCCGAUAUGGUAAUUGAUUCCGAGAGUGUUAGUCAAAGGGAAGGUAACAUCAACUUUGUGGCUGCAACUACGAAUAGAGUGAACUCACAUGACAUCACCCCAUCAAAUGCUACGCAAUCAGUUAACCCAGAUGAAAUCGAACUAGAUAUAUGA